UAUACCACUCCCUUCAAUUCUUGCAAAAGAGAAAGAAGAAAGAACAGAACAAGAAAAAUGGCCUCAGUUUCAAUGGCUAUGCCCAUGACCAAUGCAAGCCAGAAGAGGCUGCAGCCGCCAACCUCUGAUGCCUUCUUCAAGCCAUUGCCAGUGAGGCCAUCAAAGGCUGUAUUCGUUCAGCCAUCAAAGUCCAGUGCCAAGCUUCAAAUUGAAGCUUCUUUGAAGGAAAAGGCCAUCACUGGGCUAACUGCAGCUGCACUCACAGCUUCCAUGGUGGUUCCUGAUGUUGCUCAGGCAGCUGGUUCUGACCUCUCCCCAUCUCUCAAGAACUUCUUGCUCAGCAUUGCAGCUGGAGGGGUUGUCCUUGCUGCCCUGUUUGGGGCUGUUAUUGGUGUUGCCAACUUCGAUCCAGUCAAGCGAAGUUAGAUAAAAGUAUGUUAUGGGAUACUUGUCAUGGUUCUUGAUUUAUCUAUCUUCUUCUUCCUGUCCUAAUUACCUUUUUUCGAUUGAUGUUAUAUGCUACUUGAUUUUACUUCUUCCACAUGAACUCGUCUGAUGAUCACGCACCACCUGUGUGCAAUAUUCAAGUAAUCUGUGAUGUUGAUAACACAAUCAAAACGCAAAGCAUCAAUUAUUCCAACUUCUGGGUUCGAAUUUUGGGAA